AUUCUCAGGGUUCUCCCUAGAUUCUUUCUUUCUAGUUCUCACGGCCUUCGAAGAUGUGAUAGCUAUGAAAUUGUACGUGUUUCUCAACAUUCUCCUGGUCAUUGGAGAAUUGGUCACCAGAACUACUGGUGAUGGUGGGUGCAGACCAGGCAAAUAUUGGAAUCCCAAAAUCCUCAGAUGUCUGGAUUGCACUACUUGCCGUGAAGGAGAGAGGCUUAUCUCCCUCUGCCAAGAGUCACAGGACGCUUCCUGUGAGACCUGUCCAAAGGGGACGUAUUUGCAUGCUGAUAAUAAAUCAGUGUGUGUUCAGUGCAGUUAUUGCAAAGAAGGACAAGUGACAGAAAGUGAGUGUGUGUCAUGGGCAGACACCCAAUGUGGAAAUCCUGUAUGUAUGCCACCACCUUCAGAAAGACCUCUUACAUUAACUAAACAACCUUUCAUACAAACAACGAUGCAAACUCAUUUCCAAGGAGGAUCUGCCCCUAAGAAAGUUGACCAUACUAACGAAGCACCAGACUUCAGAUGCCCCAAUAGCACGUUCAGUGAUCACAUGUCAUGGAUCUUCUUAGUCUGCCUUGUUCUUGUAUCAUUGUUGUGUGGUGUUUUGAUUAUUUGGAUAAAACGGAGUGGAAUGAGUUUGCUUAGUUUGCUCCGUAUGGCUAAGAUACCAUUACCAAACAAACCAGAAGAUGGAGUGAUUCGAAAAGUUUCUGUGAUUUCAGCAUCAGGAAGAUCAGAAACAAGAGUUCUUAAAGAGAAUGGGAUGAAAUUCAAUACAACCUCGGCUACCAUCACUGAACAGUUGGCACGGUUGCUAAAUCCAGAAAAUGGCAAAAACUACAAGAAUUUGGCUGGACUAAUGGGCUAUGAUUCCACUUUUAUUGGUAAUCUGAAGCUGACCCCGACAGAAGCCACCCAAAAACUUCUUGAGGAUUGGCAGGUGAGAGAAGAUGCUACAGUUUUUAAACUGUACUGUUAUUUGGAACAACUUGGGAGACAUGAUGCCAUGGAUGUCCUUCUUCCCCUUCUCACCGGCCAGGGAAGCGAUGUUGCAAUGGUUUGAGGAAGUGUUGCCUUUUCUCUUAGCCCCUUGCUUUUAGAUAAAGCUAGCAGUUUCUAGACUUCUGCUGAAGGGGAAUGGCAGCGCUUAAUGAAAUCACAUUGAUAUCUUAGAUUUAUUAGUUUUGACAGAAUCACACAUUAGGGUGCCAGCUGAUGGAGUCACUUAAAACUAAAACCAGACUAGUCUCAACUGCCAAUGAGAUGUAAGGCAGUUAAAGUCAGAAGCAUCCUCAUGCAUACAGCAACAUGAGUGUUCAUGUCACAGUUGGGUUUUAGUCACACACCUGAUUGGUUGAGAGAGUGGCACAAACAUUAGGUUCCAGUCCAUCAUUACUCUCAUUCACUUGAAAAUCAGCCUGUAAAUGUCCUGAGCAUGUUGUUUAGCUAUUAAAGGCAUUUGCAAUUGCAGCAUAAUUAUAUCGAUGCGCGCAAUGUUUAUCUUAAAAAGGGAACAGCAUAUUUCUUCAUACUUCUUGACAAUUUUUUUUUACUCUUUACAAGCUUCAAAUUUAUUUUCUAAUAAGUAAUUAAUAAUUUUAUAGUGCUUCA